UCCUCGUGCGGGUGUCGCUCUGGUCCACACGCGUUUGACUGUCGCUGGACGCGGAGCAGCGCCGGGGGACGUCCAACUGAACGGCACGGUAUGAAGCGCCCGUUCAGCCCUGCGAUUCUCCUCUCCUCAGAGUUGGCUCGGGCCGGGUUCUCUGCUCUCUCCGUACAAAUGGAUUCUUGCGACUCCCAGAACGAGGCCGCACUUCAUCAGGACCACCAGUCGCCUACGGGGGGCGCUCUUCCCUCCUCCUCUUCCUCCUCCGCCUCUGCCGCCCCCUACAGACCCAAGCGGGAGAGGAAACAUCGCAGCUACACUCUGUGCGAAGUUUGUAAUAUUCAGCUCAACUCUGCUGCUCAGGCUCAGAUUCACUACAACGGAAAAUCUCACCAGAAGAGACUCAAGCAGAUCAGCAAUGGGAAAUUACCCGGCAACGCAGGUUCGUCAGCACCAGGGGGCCCCCUCCUGGCCUCUCUGCCUGUCCCCGGGCGCCCACUGCAGCCUCAGAUCGACCUCAAGCAUCUCCUGCCCUUCAGGCUCAAUGGGUCCUCUCCGCUCAGUCUUUUCCCCAACUUCAACACGAUGGACCCGGUGCAGAAAGCGGUGAUCAACCACACGUUUGGAGUCCCUCAACCUCUCAAGAAGAAGCAAAUUAUCUCCUGCAACAUUUGCCAUCUGCGUUUCAACUCAACGAACCAAGCUGAAGCCCAUUACAAAGGCCACAAACAUGCAAGGAAGCUCAAAGCCAUGGAGGCGCAGAAGAACCGCCAGAAGAGGGCAGCAGAGGGUCUGUCCACGGGCCGGGACAGAGAGCGAGACCGGGACAGAGGGAAGACCAUCGCUGCUGAAGCCACACUACAAAUGCACAUGGACGCAAGCCUAGAGACCACAAGUCUUCAGUCCGAUCUGGAGCCAGUGACUUUGGACAUCAAGAUAGAGGAGAACACGAAGAGCUCCGUGAUGCUAACACCAGAAUCUGAAGCUUCAUCUGUGGACCUGGUCACUCUCUCUCCUCCUCAAAUCUCUCCCUCGUAUCAGAUCUCAGAGACGGCGUCAGACACCAGCGCCCCCGAAGGCCAGGAGGGGGAGGAUGCCAUGGGGGAUCCGAGCAGCCAGGGGGAGUCAUCGAGCACAACUGAGGAGACGCAAACUGACGAGGAAAACAAGAAGAGCAAAUCGCACCUUCACUGUCCAGUCUGUAAAGUCACUGUCAACUCCACCUCACAACUGGAAGCACACAACAGCGGUACAAAGCACAAGCUGAUGCUGGAGGGUCAGAGCGUGCUGCCCCGGAGGAGGGGGAAGGUGCUGUCUGCUCGUGCCGGCUGCAAGAGCAAGAGGCUGGGCACCAAGGGCAGUGUGGGCAUCCCCAGCAAGAACUACCAGUGUGAAGUCUGUGAGAUCUCUGUCAACUCCGAGACACAGCUGAGCCAGCACAUGAACAGCAGAAGGCACAAGGAUCGUCUGGCCGGAAAACCCCCAAAACCGAAGUUUACCCCUCACAGCAAGACCCAGGCUAGCUCCAGUUUAGCGCAGAGCGUGAGGUGGAGUGGCUAUGCAGGCGUGGCUGUGUCCGCCAUGAAGAAAGCCUACAGCCAGUUCAGCCUCAACUCCCUCUCCCCACAGACCAAACUGGCGUUGCAGAAGCAGCUGACCAAGAGCCUGAGCACGUCCGGUUUCCUGCCCAGCCCGCUGUCCCCGCCCCCAACUCUGUGCACCGUGGCGACCGCCAACCCCCUGGCCUUGCGUCACUCGGUGGGCGCCGCGGCAACCACCAACCACCUGGCCCUGCGUCAGCCAAUGGGCACCGCCGCCUUCAUCCAGACGCCCUUCCUGAGCCCCGCCCUCUUCAGACCCGCCCCCGGACCUCUGCGUGCCACCCACACGCCAAUCAUCUUCUCCCCGUAUUAAAGAGACUGGUAUA